AUGCUCACCAUCAAGCAGCCAGUUCACUACGGCUACAGGUCGAUCCAUGAUUUACCGACGCCGCCCAGCACAUCCCGACCCUCACCUCCGUUGACACACCAGGAUUCUUCAUACAGAGCCAUACCCGCUGUUCCUCGAAGCCAUAGCCCGCCGGAUCGACUCAUGUCUGGCUCUCAUCGUGGCUUGCCCCCUCCAUCGGCGAUGGGACUCGGCCAGCCGUUGCCUUCCGGAGUUGCAUCUCAUCCUCCUCCAACCCAUGGGUCUUCACUCGGGCAGGGUCCACCUCCACCUCCGCCACCGCCAUCUCAAAGUCAGCAGCAAGGUCUGGGGCAGCCACUGGGCCAACUACCCCCGCCGCCACCAGGGUGGCAGGGCUCGGAAGACUCCAUGCGAGCAUGGCUGCAUGCGAAAGCGGAGGAGGACAAGAGGAAGCAAGAAGAGGAGAGGACCAGCCAGGAACGGCUGCGCCUCGAGCAACGACGAACUGAGUACGACAUUCUGCGAGCGUCGUUACAGGGUGGGGUCCCACCGCCUCUGGUGCCUGUGGUUUUUGCGGGUAUGGGAGGUGGUAACCUGCCGCCAGCAGCGCUGGAAUGGGCCCAGCAGUUCAUGUACUCACAGUCGCAAGGCGGGCCCCCGCAACACCUUCUGCCCGGCCCAGCUUCGCCAGAGUACCGUCGUGACUCUCAAGCACAAGUCUAUGGGCACUACUCGGGCUCUGGUGGCGUACCGUCCACUCCUGGAUCUGCCCAGGGUGCUCACGGCAGCUUCGUUGGGACGCACCCAAACUCUUCACCGCGAGCUCGAGGCUAUAGCAUGCCAAGCUCUGGCAGCCGUCCUCUUGGAGGGGGACCCGGUCUCUCUAGCCUGAACACGAGCGUGCUCCCAAGCACAGGUGGCGCAUCUGCAGCGCAGACACACCCAGGCGUCGCCUCAGCGCAGCAGCAGCAGCAGCAGCAGCAGGAACCGCAGCAAUCCCCGUCAAUCUACUUUCAUAUGUGGCAACCCCCGACGAGCCAGGGCGGCCAGUCCGGCUCCAAUCAGCCGGCAACACCUUCCGUAGGGGAAUCGCCACAGGAGCGACGCAUCGACAUACAGAGCACGCGGCCGCGCCGAGACCAUUGGAUCGACACGUGGGAUGUCGCCGAUGGCCGUCUCGGGCCCUGGUACAGCAAGAGACAGAGGUGCUGGAUCGGCAGAGCCAUCUUCACAUUCGCAGCCGCAAGCGACGCAGACGCGUAUCGCAACGCAUUCAGUUUCGUCCCUACUUUCUUCAGAUGA